AUGGCUGUUACCCUGGAAGUUUUCCCGGCGAGAAAACGGCGUCCGUUCGUCGUCGGGUCUCUCGAUUCUCCUCCGAAGAUAUCAGAUACCAAAUUAGUCCGGUCACUUCUCCUCGCGUCACAAGAGAUUUCCUCUAUGCAACCUCUCCGUUUCAUCCUGCGACGGAAUUCUCUCUCCGUCAUCCGCAAGGCGAAGAUACUAGCGACGGUUUUCGACGAGCUUCUCCGAUCUCCGAUAACCUACUCGCAAUCCGCUCAGCUCUGCUUCGAGGAAAUGCAAAUCGUGAUGCAACGUAUCAAAACUCUGAUCGAAGACUGCUCAAGGUCAAGCAAACUCUGGCUGCUCUUACAGAUCGAAAACGUUUCCUUCAGUUUCCAAGAGCUCACCACAGAUUUAUCCACCGUCCUCGAUAUUUUACCGGUCAAUGACUUCAACCUCAGUGACGACGCCGAAGAUCUCAUCGUCCUCCUCAGAAAACAAUGCUCCAAUUCGAUUCAGUUCGUCGACCCUCGCGACGAUGCUCUCCGACGAAAAGUCACCGAUACAAUCGACGGAAUCAAGCAUCGAACCACUCCGGAUCAAUCGAAACUAAUCGAGAUUUUCACCGAUUUGGGUUUCCCCGAUUCCGCUAGUUUAAACGACGAAAUCCAGAGAUUGGAAGAUGAAACUCAUGAUCAGAUCGACGAGAGAUCCAAAUCGUCGGCUUCCUCCCUCAUCGGACUCGUGCGAUACACAAACUGCGUUCUAUACGGUCCAUCGACGCCAUCACCACCUCCUCCUCAUCCUGAUUUCCGCCGCUACAAAUCGUUAUCAGACGCAAACAUCCCGGCGGAUUUCCGAUGUCCGAUCACACUAGAGCUAAUGAGAGAACCGGUGGUGGUUUCCACCGGCCAGACUUACGAUCGAGAAUCGAUCGAUCUCUGGAUCCAAUCAGGUCACAACACUUGCCCCAAAACAGGCCAAGUCCUUAAACACACUAACCUCAUACCUAACCGCGCAUUGAAGAAUCUGAUCGUCAUGUGGUGCCGUGAUCAGAAGAUACCGUUUGAGCUAUACGGAGACGGUGGCGUUGGGUCGUCUCCUAUUCCAUGCAAGGAGGCGGAGGAGUUUACGAGGAUGAUGGUUUUGUUUUUGAUCGAUAAGCUCUCCGAGGCAGAGCCAAACGGUGUCGUUUUCGAGCUUCGCGCUCUCGCUAAGUCAGACUCGGUGGCUCGAGCAUGCAUAGCCGAGGCUGGAGCCAUACCGAAGCUGGUACGUUAUCUAGGCUCGAAGUCUCCGAGCCUGCAGAUAAACGCUGUGACGACGAUUCUCAACCUCUCCAUCUUGGAACUGAACAAAACAAGGAUCAUGGAAACAAACGGAGCUUUAAACGGCGUUAUUGAGGUUUUGCGUUUUGGCGCCACGUGGGAAGCUAAAGCAAACGCAGCCGCGACUUUGUUCAGUUUGGCUGGCGUUUCCGCUUACAAACGAAGACUCGGGAGAAAGACACAUGUCGUGAACGGAUUGGUUGACUUAGCAAAAAUGGGUCCCACGAGCUCGAAAAAAGACGCGCUCGUGGCUAUACUGAACUUGGCGGCGGAGAGAGAGAACGUGGGGAAGUUCGUUGAAGCUGGGGUGGUGGAGGCCGCUAGAGAUGCGUUCCGGGAGCUGCCGGAGGAGGCGGUGGCGGUUGUGGAGGCGAUUGUGAGGAGAGGAGGACUCAUGGCGGUGUCAGCAGCAUUUGGUCUGAUAAAGCUAUUGGGGGAGUUGAUGAGGGAAGGAGCGGAUACAACGAGGGAGAGUGCAGCGGCGACGUUGGUGACGAUGUGCCGGAAAGGAGGGUCGGAGUUAGUGGCGGAGCUGGCGGCGAUUCCAGGGAUUGAGAGGGUUAUAUGGGAGAUGAUAGGGACGGGAACGGCGAGGGGAGGAAGGAAAGCUGCAUCAUUGAUGAGGUACUUAAGGCGAUGGGCUGCCGGAGAUACUCAUGAGACAGCGGCGGAGACACAGAGCAUCGUUGUGCCAACGCCUAAUAGGAUUUUUAAUCCUGUUUUGUGA